GUGGCUGGUCUAGUACCUUGCCAAUUGAGUGUUGUGCGAUCGAUGACGAUAGUGUAGCGAUUUACACAUAACGCACUCACAGUUAUUUCAUUUUGCCGUAAAAGCGUAAUCAUGAGUAGAAUUUGGCGAAGGGUUCCAAUUUUUUAUGGUGUACAAAAUGAAGCUCUGAAAAGCCUGAUUCCAGUGCGGGCAAGGAUAUCAUCGCUGUCAAGGCCUUUGAGUACAUCCGCCCGUAGAUAUGACUCAACCGAAGAGAAAGAAGACGAUGCUCCUGCUGAAAGACCGUCAGCAGCCAAGAAUCUCCUGAGUACCCUGACGGGGUUAAAGGUUGAGAGGAACGUGUCGUCUCAGGUCGGGAGUUCAGCGAGGCUGAGGUCGGCGGCGGCUGAUUUCCGUGACCUGCUGGGCCAGAAGAAGGCUGCAGACGAGGGUGGAUCUGAUGCUGGUGCUAAGACUAAGAAACCCGAGGAUGUUCAGAAGAUGGUGGUAGAGACGGCCAAAGUGGUUGCCCAGAUCUUCCCGGAGAAGGAGGUGGUCGAGUCCGACUUGCUGAAGCAGUUACGGAAACACGACGAGGCAACUGCAGCAGGGAAACAGGGGGAUGUGGAGGCAGUAAGUUCGAUUUUGUCCGGCAUCAAAGUCGAGAAGCAAACUGCCAUCCAGAGAGAGCGCGACCGAACGAGGUCCCUCGACGAACGAGCGCUGGCGGGUGCCUUCGGGAGCGGAUUUGAAAUGACUGGGGAAACACAGCUUGAGGAUCAGACAAGCCGAGGUCAGAAACAAAGGGAGACAAUCAGACGACAACACAAGAAAACACUAUUCGACCGCAGUAGAUUGAACAUAUUUACACCACCAAAAGAUGACACUCAAGACGCACAAGUGUUAGCUGAAGGGGAAUCACCCGUACCAUCGCUGUGGGACAAAGAAGGAGACAAACAACUGAAGCAAUUGACGUAUUCUACAAUCAACAGCGGCUUCGAUGAGAUGAUGAAAUGGACCGAAGAAGGCAAGACAUGGCACUACCCAAUCGACAAUGAACAAGGUCUUGAGGAGGAGCAACAAGUACCCUUCCACGAGCACAUCUUCUUCGACCAUCUUCUUGAGGACCUGCCUCCCGUUGAGGCAAUCCAAACCUUCAUGGAACUCGUCUGCCUGGGACUCAGCCAGAAUCCUUACCUGACCGUCCAACAGAAGCACGACCACAUCCACUGGUUCAAGACGUACUUCAAGGAGCGGGAGAACGUCAUCAGAGAGGCUGUGGAGGCAGAUCGAGCAGAUGAGGCCAGAGAAACGGCUUUGUAAUAAACUUAGUUAUGGAGAGCGAAUUAUCUAACGGUUUAACCAUCUCAGCCCUUGUGGGGCCGUCUGAGGUGUAUACUGCCACCAGUUGACCAAACAGGGCAAGGCAGGCCUAGCAGGGUGCAGACCAGUAAAU